UGCUCGGCGCCAUGGCGGCGGCGCUGGAGUGUGCCCUGCGAGAGGCGGUGGCAGCGCUGGAGCCGGGUGGGGAGAGCGUGGUGGCGGCGCUGGGCGCGGUGCGGGCCGCUCUGGCUGCUGGGGACACGGCCACCCUCGGGGGGCAGGAGCGGGCGCUCUUCGGCGCCUUUCUGCGGCGCCUGGUCCGGGCGCCCCGUGAGGCGCGGCCUGAGGGCGUGUGGCAGAGCUGCUUCCUGGAGGGUCCGCCCGGCCUCGCCCUCUGCGUCCUGCUGGAAACCCUCUCCUCCCCGGGCCCAAGCAUUCACCUGAGGGAGGUGGUUGAGGUUCUGGAGCAGUUCCUGCAGAAGGGUCGGGUCGCGGCUCUGCUGUGGGAGGUCUGCCAGCAGCCAGCGCAGCCUGGCGCCCCGGAGCUGCAGGAGGCUCUGCUCAGCAGGGUUGCCUGUUUGCCCGAUCAUGUCAGCAAUCAGCUCCAGGGGAAGAGCCCACCAGUGUUCUUCCCACAGAACUACUUCCCCCUCUUGGGUGGUGCAGUUAUCGAGGUGCUGCAGAAGAUUUCUGAUUCACUGAGAGGUGGCUUGGAUUGCUCAAUCUCUUUUGUUUCUCACAUCCUGGGGAAGGUGUGUGUCCAUGGAAGGCAAAAGGAGAUCCUGAGUGUCCUGGUGCCCCACCUGACAGAGCUCACCCAGUCAGACUGCAUCUGGCAGAGGAUCUGCUGGCGGCUGGUGGAGUGUGUGCCGGAGCGCUGGAUGGAAGCCGUGCUGCUGGGCUUUGUGCAGAGAGCCCCUGGGGCAGAUGUCUUGUCUAGGUUGCUGGGGAACCUGGUUGUGAAGAACAAGAAGGCUCAGUUCGUGCUGACACAGAAGGUGCUGCUCUUGCAGUAUGGCCACAAGACUGCAGUGCUGCAGAACCUCCUUGGCUACCUGUCCCUGGAUCCCCUUCGGCGUCCCUUGCUGAUCCAAGUGCUCCAGGAGCUGCUGGAGACGUGGGGCAGCAGCAGCGCCGUGAAGCACUCUCCAGCCGAGCAGCAGCAGUACAUUAGCAAGGCCAUCCUCAUCUGCCUCUCACACCUGAAGGAGUCUGAAAUUGAGAGCUGCAGACAAGAGCUGCUCACAAGCAUGAUGGAGGGAGUGAAAUGCCACCUGGACAGCAACCUGCCCUGCGUCCGGCGUCUGGGGAUGAUUGUGGCUGAGAGCAUCAGUCUGAAGAUCAACACUGAAGGGCCUGUCCUGAAGUUUCAGUAUGAAGAAGAUGAUGAAACAAGAGAAUUGAAGUCCCUUCUGGUGCAGACUACACCCUGCUGUGCUGUCCCCGGCCUUCCAGAUGAAGAAGAGGAUGAGAAAGCUGCUGGACAGCCAUCGGUGUCAGACGGUGACAAGAAAUCCCAAACAGCAGCCCCUGUGGCCCCAGCUGAAGAGUCAGAUGCUGAGCUUGACAGUGAUGAUGACCUCAUCCCCUACGACAUGUCAGAGGACAAGGAACUAACGGCCAAGGCUCCUCUCUACCUCCGAGACUGUAUUGAAGUGCUGACAGGCUGUGAGGAUGUGGACAAAUGGGAAGCUACAGUCAAGGCUCUUGAGGGCUUGAUCCGGAGGAAUCCAGCGGCAGCGAGAGAGGUCAGUGUGGAACUGGCAAAAAUCUUACUGCACCUGGAGGAGAAGACCUGCAUGGAAGGCUUUGCAGCGCUCCGGCAGAGAGCUCAAGUAGCUGUUUUAACCACAGAUCCAAUACCUGUAGCACAGUACCUGACCUCCCAGUUCUACUCUCUGAACUACAGCCUCCGGCAGCGUGUGGACAUCCUCGAUGUAUUGGUUUUGGCAGCUCAGGAACUGUCCUGUCCCAAAUCCCAUGGAAACACCAAGCAUUCUGUUGCCCCAAAACCUGGAAUCCAGCUUCUUCCUGGAAGUGACAGCUCUAAGGACUGGAGGAGAAUUGUUGAUGAGAGGAUCAAAAGCAAGACUCGGAGGAUCGCUACGGGUCAGGCCCAAGUGGAACCGGCUGCCGGCCCAAAUGAGUUCAACUCUGUUGCUGGGCACUUCUUCUUCCCAUUGAUUCAGCACUUUGACAGGCCUUUGACCACAUUUGAUCUCCUGGGGGAAGACCACUUUGUCCUUGGAAGACUGGUCCACACUUUAGCAAUCCUGAUGUACUUGGCUGUCAACACUGUGGCAGUCACUGCAAUGGGAAAGGCCCUGCUGGAGUUCGUUUGGACCCUGCGCUUCCACACCGACUGCUAUGUGCGCCAGGGGCUGCUGUCCUGCGUCUCCUCCCUGCUCCUCAGUGUCCCUGCAGAGCGCCUGCUAGAGGACAUGACAGAAGAGCUCCUGGAGGCCCAGUCCUGGCUGGGAGAUGUGGUCGAGAAAGAUCCAGAUGGUGACUGCAGGAGGCUGGCCUUGCAGAACUUACUGCUCCUGGAGAACCUGAAAAAGAAACUCCAAAGUGUCCCUUCCUAGCUGAGGGGUGAAAAGAAUGCCAUUUGCCUCAUCCUGUGGCCAGCUGGCUCUGUGUAGGCACUGCUGCAGCCUCUUCAGCAGUCACCUGGCUGGAGGAGAGGAAGAAGGGGGAAGGGUGCAGAGCUGUAAGCCAGAGAACCUGACUUGACAUCUGGACUUUGUAGUGGAGGCCAAUUGAGCGCCGGCUGCCAUCCGGUACAGAGUGUACAGAUGCAGGAAGGUAGGCGAGCGCUGCCAUCCUCCCCACGCCUCCCCAGCCCCCACCCCACCUAUUUAUAACCUUGGCAGGGCUGAGAGCUCUGCUAAAAAUACAGGGAAGAGCUCAGAGCAGGCUUCUUGUCAGAAAAACAGGAGGGCUGGGGAGGGUCGCUUGGGGAGGGUCUGGGACGUGCUCCCAAGCCUUCCCCCGGGCAGGCUGGGGGAGCAGCUCCCAGUCGGUGUUCAGGGGCUGGCACCGCUGAUGGGACAUGAGAACUGGAGAGCCACACGCAGUGCUGACCAGCUGCCAGGCCUUAAGGCUUGAGCUGGAGCUGUGCUGUGUUUAGGAAGGCACAAAGCAGGAAUGCUUUUGGUAUCACUUCAGUACAGGAGUAAGUUUCUAUUAAAGAAUAACUAACAUCCAGAUUUGGGCCUUAAAAGUCUC